AUGGAAAAGCCUUUCGCCUUCACAAAAACCUCAACGCGGGCCUCCAUAGCCUCUGCACUAGCCCAGUCAACUUCCCUUCCCGAAUCCAAACUCGACAUCUCAGCCGCAAUCGCAUUCGUCUCCAUCUACGCUCGUGACCAUGUGGAAGGCCUCAUUUGGGGCAGCGACCAACGUGUCCUCGUGCUGGCCGGGAAGCUGGGGAAACAGUUGGAGCUGGAGGCACUUGUCGAUUUGCCCAUAGUUUAUGCGACCUGCAGAUACAAUAUAUUAUAUAAACAUGUUUGCGUGCCUGCGCCGAUGUGCGACGUGCCUGCCUGCGCCGACACAUGGGUCAAGCGAUACACCACGACGACAGAGCCAAUUGCAACUGGUGCAGACCCGGGUAUAUAUGGCCACUGGCACUCGCUGAGAGCCUAUGAGCAGAGCCAGAACACAGCUCCAAUGCAGGGCAAGCAAUAA